UCCCCGACUUUGUUAAUGCUUUCUUGAAUCUUUUUAUAUGAUUUCCGCUUUUUUUUUUUCCAUAUUUUUCCUCAUACGGCCACACCCUCUCAGUGCUUUGAGAACCCACUGAGUCUGAGCUCACCUAUGGCAAUGCGUGCUCGGUGCUUCACAAGCUCUGCACGAGUGUAGUCUCUUGGGCUGGUAGUUGCUAUUGUAUUUUAUUUUACAAGUUCAGGAGUUUGAGGAUGUUGCCUAUUGAUCCAACAAAAAAGAUAUCUUUUUCUCAUAUAGUCUGUGAUGGAGAUUUGGUUAUCGUCUAUGAGAGACAUGACAACAUGAAGGCUGUUAAAGUAUGUCAGGAUUCUGUACUUCAAAACCGAUUUGGUGUAUUCAAACAUUCAGACUGGAUUGGAAAGCCUUUUGGAUCCAAGGUUUUUAGCAACAAGGGUGGUUUUAUUUACUUGUUAGCUCCAACUCCUGAAUUAUGGACUCUGGUCCUAAGUCACAGGACCCAGAUUCUCUAUAUUGCUGAUAUAAGCUUUGUGGUCAUGUACUUGGAAAUAGUUCCCGGUUGUUUGGUUCUGGAAUCUGGGACUGGAAGUGGAUCUUUAACUAUGUCACUUGCAAGGGCUGUUGCUCCUACAGGACAUGUCUACACAUUUGAUUUUCAUGAACAAAGGGUUACCUCAGCCAGGGAGGAUUUUGAGAAGACAGAAGUUAGCAAUUUAGUCACUGUGGGAGUUAGAGACAUUCAAGGAGAAGGAUUUCCGGAGGAAUUUUCUGGGUUAGCAGAUUCUGUCUUCCUGGACCUACCUCAACCUUGGCUGGCCAUUCCUUCAGCGGCAAAAAUGCUGAAACCAGAUGGGGCUUUAUGCUCCUUCUCCCCAUGUAUUGAGCAAGUACAACGAGCCUGUGAUACUCUUAUAUCAAAAUUCACAGAUAUAAGAACAUUUGAGGUACUUCUUCGCACUUACGAAGUUCAAGAAGUGAGAAUGGAUUGCAGCCAGGGUGAUGGAGUCAACCUGGGGUCUCUUAUACGUAAGAGGCGGCGGCGUUCAGGCGAAGGAAACAAUGUGCAGGACAAUUUGAGUUCACCAACAGUCAUGGCUAGGCCAUGCAGCGAGGCAAAAGGCCACACUGGUUACCUGACAUUUGCACGACUCAAAUGCCUCUCAUAAUUCUGCCACCCUUCCAUUUUGUAGGACAGUAAGAGUUCUUAUUCCUCUAUCUAGGCUAGCGAGUUCAGUCCAGAUCUCAUGUAUGGAAUUCUUUUUGUUACUCAAAAAUUUGCCUAUUUCCAAGAAGAUGUCAAAUCUAUCUUGAAUCACCAUUUAGCAGCUGCUAGGACUUGGGUUUUUUGAAAAUCUUGACUGAAUAUUUUCGAUGGGUGAUUCUUGCAAUUUUAUUUGGCGUCCGGAAAACAAAUGGGAUUAAAGAAUGACAUCUGGUUGCCAGUAUGAAGUGCUCAUAGCAGCACAUGAGGGAGUUUUAUAAGAGCAGCUGCCUAGCCAAUCUGGGCGAUUAAACACGCCUAGCACAUGAGGAAGAAUUUUGCUUGAUGUAUUACUCUGUGACAUCUGGUCCCAAAUUGAAGCAGCGGCUGCCACAUCUUUGUCUCAGCAAAUACAGUACACAUGAGAUUCCCAAACUCCAUGCCCUCCACUCAUUCCCAAACUAGCUCGCCACCACCCAACACUAUCAUUCUUUCUCACACGCGAUUUACCAAAACAAUUAAUACUAUUAUUAUAUUAUUUUUAUUAUUAUUAUCCGAUUUUCUCAAUAAAAAAAAAUAUAUUAUUUCUUCGUUCCUUCAAUCCAAAUUUCCUUGGCCAGUCAAUUGCUGUCACUUUUGACAUUAGCUUCUAACUCCAUAUUCAAUGACCCCACGUGCCUCCCCGCUUGACAGGGCUGAUAAACACUGAAAAGCAACGCUAUGUCACGGUCGCUGUUAUCGGAGAACCGGUCGUACUUUGCCUCAGAAAAAAUAUCUUCACCUCUACCCUCUGAACUCGCUCAUCAAAAAGGUUGUUUUGAUUAAUUAAAAUGUUUUGAUUUUUUUAAAUUAAAAGUGGAUAAUUCUAUACAGAUA